AUGGCUGAGCCGGAGCUGAAAUUACGGAGCAGCCGGGAGAGCGUUGCCAAGGCGGUGAGCCAGGAGAAGAUGGGGGCAGCUGAAGCAGACCCAGACCAAGAUGAUCUGAUUGUAGAGCACCCAGCGUCUCCGUCUACACCCAUGGUCCCUGCUCCCACUGAUGCAGGCCCUACCAUCGACUCGCCUGCCAAAGAGAAGAUCGUGCUCAAACGCAGCAUCACUCUCUUCAAUGGUGUGGGAAUGAUCAUAGGCACCAUCAUCGGCUCUGGCAUUUUCGUCACUCCAACAGGUGUGAUCAAAGAGACCGGCUCAGCUGGGCUCUCCCUAAUCAUCUGGUCUGCCUGUGGAGUGAUCUCUACCAUGGGCGCCCUAUGCUACGCUGAGCUGGGCACAACCAUCACGAAGUCGGGGGGAGACUACACUUACAUCCUGGAGGUGUACGGCGAACUGGCGGCUUUUCUAAAGCUGUGGGUGGAGAUGCUCAUUAUCAGACCGUCAUCACAGUAUGUGGUGUCGCUGGUGUUUGCUACCUACCUUCUGAAACCUCUCUACCCAAACUGCAGCGUGCCUGACAGUGCAGCCAAGCUCAUUGCCUGCUUGUGUCUUACCUCCCUGACGUUUGUAAACUGCAUAAGUGUGAGAGCGGCCACCAAGGUGCAGGACUUGUUCACAGCUUCCAAAUUGCUAGCCCUGAUCAUCAUCAUCCUCUUUGGCUUCAUCCAGAUUUCCACAGGUGAUGUGCCGUACCUGAAACCAGACAAGGCAUUCGAAGGCAGCAAACUGGGAGUGGACAAUAUUGUCUUAGCUCUGUACAGUGGUCUCUUUGCUUUUGGAGGCUGGAAUUACCUGAAUUACGUGACUGAGGAGAUGAUCAAUCCAGAGAGAAACCUGCCCUUGUCCAUCAUCAUAUCCAUGCCGAUAGUGACGGUGGUGUAUGUUCUGACCAACCUCGCCUACUUCACCACCAUCUCUCCUGAAGUCAUGGUCGAGUCUGAGGCUGUUGCCGUGAGUUUUGGGGAGUACCAUCUUGGUGUGAUGUCCUGGCUGAUUCCUGUCUUUGUGGGACUGUCCUGCUUCGGAGCCGUCAACGGAUCCCUGUUCACCUCAGCACGGUUGUUCUAUGCUGGAGCUCGAGAGGGUCAACUCCCUGCUGCUCUGGGUUUGGUCCACACAGACCUCUUCACACCAGUGCCAUCGCUCAUCUUCACAUGUUUGCUGUCCAUGAUGUACGCCAUCUCCCAGGACAUCUUCUCUGUCAUCAAUCUCUUCAGCUUCUUCACCUGGCUGUGUGUUGGUAUGGCCAUUGCUGGCAUGCUCUGGCUGCGCUUUACCAAGCCCGACCUCAGAAGGCCAAUUAAGGUGUAUCUGUUCAUUCCUGUGACUUUCGUUUUGGGCUGUGUCUUCAUGAUCGUUGUGUCCUUCUGGGCAGCUCCAUUUGAGUGCCUGUUAGGCAGCGGCAUUAUUCUUACAGGCAUCCCGGCGUACCUACUGGGCUACAAGUGGAAAAAACCCCAUGUGAUCAAGAAGAUGCUGGAAAUCUUCACCAUGUUCUGUCAGAAGAUCUUCAUGUCUGUUCCUGAGGAGAGGGAGCAGCGCGAGGCGGAUGAAUAA